GCGUUAAUUUCUGCUCCUCUGGUUUACUUCAUGUGUAUAUAUAUGAGCUGCGUGCGUAGCUAGCUGAUUCACAAGUCAGCUUUUGGUCGUUGCACCAACAAAACAACCAUCGGUGUAGCCAGACAGACACAGGCUCUGUCAAUCGCAGUUCUUUCCCCAGUUUCUUCUUCAUUAUUGGCACGUAGUUACAUAAAUCGGUUGCAGAUGACAAAGCAAAAGAUCAUGAUCAAGGUGAGCUUGCCGGACGAGAAGAGCCGCUCCAAGGCCAUGGUGCUGGCCGCCGAAGCAGACGGGGUCAUCUCAAUGGGGAUCACCGGCGACGACAAGGACAGGCUGGAGGUGGUCGGCGAGAACGUCGACUCCGCCUGCCUGGUCAAGCGCCUGCGCAAGAAGCUUUGCCGCCACGCCGGCAUCCUCCAGGUGGAGGAAGUCAAGGAGAAGAAGAAGGCGGAAGAGCCAGAAGUGAAGGAGAAGAAGAAGGCGGAAGAGCCCAAGAUCCUGCACCCGCCGCCGUGCCGGUGCCCACCGCCGCCUAUGGUCAUCUACGAUGAGCCCAGCUUUUGUUCGAUCAUGUAAAAGUACACGCUAGUAAUAUGAGAACAUAUUGGCUACGCUAUUAGUCGCUAUAGAACAAAGUGAAGAUGACAAGGAGAUAAUAAAGCUGGCAUGCCGCACGUUAGAAAUGACGGUUA